CAAGGGCGCUUAGCAGACUUCCUCAAAUCCAGGCAUUAGUUGUUUUAGCCGGUGAAUUGGUCUGUUUUUACACUUCCCCGUGUUUGAAGUCAGAGGGCGAGUUUUGUGUGCGCCUCCCCCUCCACACUGCAGCCUCUCCUCUUCCCCCGACACGUCAGGCUGCAUUACCCAGAGACACACCAGGCAGCCAGUUGGCAGCAAUUGGGGUUUUGAUCAGAAUGAUUUCUUUCACAAACAAUCAAAUUAGUUAAAAUGUCUCAUCUGGUUUGUAAACCACUAACAACCUCAUCAUUCUGUUUUGUUGCGUCCCCUCUUGUCCGUGUUGCUGAUUUUUACCCUCCUUUCCAGCUCUGUGCCCCAUCUUAUUGGGAAAAUGAGCUCACGUUGUUUCAAUUUUACUUGUUGGCAACGCUCUGCCUACCUCGCUCUCUUUUAUGCCCCUUUUCAGACACCCCUCCUUGAUUCUCUGGUGUGUUUUCACGACCUCUCUAGCUCGUCUUUCACGGCGGUUCUUAAAGGGCUUUUACCCAGAAGGAGUCGAGAUGAGGAGCGACAUGCUGGCUGAUUUCCAUUCGCCACUUAUCUAACAAGUGAUGGGCUUGGGGAAACCGGAUCCUGGAGAGUUUCUAAUGACAAUAACAAAUCCUGUCAGUAAGUGGAAACACUUCAUCGUGUGGUCAUUAGGGGGCGCCAGAGCUGUUCUCAGGUGUGCUAAACUCAAAGCUUCAGCUUGUCAGGCUGAGCUGCAAAUGAAAGAAAGCAAAAUGACAGACAUGCUUUCUUUUUUAAAGUAACUUUUCUUUGAUUCCUCCCAUCGGAACAUGUCAUGGUGCUGUUCACCAGCUCAGUUAUUUAUCCGUGCUGUUAGCGGCUGAAGUUACUGCGAGUGAUUGUCCACGUCAAGUCUGUUGUAUCUAAUCAGGUUUGAGAGGAUAAAUCCUCGUUUUGGAUUCCUUUUGGUCAGCGAGAAUAUCCGCGAUCACAUGUGGAAACAUCUGGAUGUGGGUUUGUGUUCAAUAGUAAAUUCUGGUUGGAGUCGUGCAUGUUUUAAAGUUGCAGUCACUGAUAUUGUUUAUGCCACAUAUGUUUAGAGACGGCCAUCUGCUGUACGUUUCACUGGAUGAAGUGGAAAGACUCAUGUGACUCGAGUGAAACGGGUCGACAAAGGAAGGGCGAGGCGUUUGGCUUCAUGUCACGAGUGGCUCUGCAGGCCGAGAAGAUGAACCAUCACCCAGAGUGGUUUAAUGUUUACAAUAAGGUCCAGAUUACGCUGACCACACAUGACUGUGGAGGCCUUUCCAAACGGGACAUCAAAAUGGCAAAGUUUAUUGAUAAAGUUGCUCUUUCCAUGUGAUGUUUUUGGGUUUUCACUCAUUCAAAACUCACCUGUUAUUGUUUCUUACAGAAUCUAUAAACAUAUAAUUUAACAUUUCCUUUUUGCUGCGCAUUGUAAUCAGAAUAAACCACUGAUGUUGUAUUCACUUA